AUGCCGCGGAGGGGAGCGGAGGCGCCGCUGGCCCUGUUGCUGGCGGCGGCGUGGCUGGCGCAGCCCCUGCGCGGCGGCUACCACGGCGUGAGCGUGUUCGCCGUGCAGAGCGCCCAGCCCGACCCCUGCUACGACGAGCACGGGCUGCCCCGCCGCUGCAUCCCCGACUUCGUCAACUCGGCCUUCGGCAAGGAGGUGAAGGUGUCCAGCACCUGCGGGAAGCCGCCGUCGCGGUACUGCGUGGUGACGGAGAAGGGCGAGGAGCAGGUCCGCACCUGCCACCUCUGCAACGCCUCCGACCCCAAGCGCGCCCACCCGCCCUCCUUCCUCACCGACCUCAACAACCCGCACAACCUGACCUGCUGGCAGUCCGACAGCUACGUCCAGUAUCCCCACAACGUCACCCUCACCCUGUCCCUCGGCAAGAAAUUCGAGGUGACCUACGUCAGCCUGCAGUUCUGCUCGCCGCGCCCCGAGUCCAUGGCCAUCCACAAGUCCAUGGACUACGGCAAGACCUGGGUGCCUUUCCAGUUCUACUCCACGCAGUGCCGCAAGAUGUACAACAAGCCGAGCCGCGCCGCCAUCACGAAGCAGAACGAGCAGGAGGCGGUGUGCACCGACUCGCACACCGACGUGCGGCCCCUCUCCGGCGGCCUCAUCGCCUUCAGCACCCUGGACGGCCGCCCCACCGCCCACGACUUCGACAACUCGCCCGUGCUGCAGGACUGGGUGACGGCCACCGACAUCAGGGUGACCUUCAGCCGCCUGCACACCUUCGGCGACGAGAGCGAGGACGACUCCGAGCUGGCCCGCGACUCCUACUUCUACGCCGUGUCCGACCUGCAGGUCGGCGGGCGCUGCAAGUGCAACGGGCACGCGUCGCGCUGCGUCCGGGACCGCGACGACAGCUUGGUGUGCGACUGCAAGCACAACACGGCCGGCCCCGAGUGCGACCGCUGCAAGCCCUUCCACUACGACCGGCCCUGGCAGCGAGCGACGGCCCGGGAGGCCAACGAGUGCGUGGCCUGCAACUGCAACCUGCACGCGCGGCGCUGCCGCUUCAACAUGGAGCUGUUCAAGCUGUCGGGGCGCAAGAGCGGCGGCGUGUGCCUCAACUGCCGGCACAACACGGCGGGCAGGCACUGCCACUACUGCAAGGAGGGCUUCUACCGCGACCUCAGCAAGCCCAUCUCCCACCGCAAGGCCUGCAAAGAGUGCGACUGUCACCCCGUGGGCGCGGCCGGCCAGACCUGCAACCAGACCACGGGCCAGUGUCCCUGCAAGGACGGCGUCACCGGCAUCACCUGCAACCGCUGCGCCAAGGGCUACCAGCAGAGCCGCUCCCCCAUCGCCCCCUGCAUAAAGAUCCCGGCUGCUCCGCCCACCACGGCCGCCAGCAGCGCCGAGGAGCCCGCAGAUUGUGACUCGUACUGCAAAGCCUCCAAGGGGAAGCUGAAGAUCAACAUGAAGAAGUACUGUAAGAAGGACUAUGCUGUCCAGAUCCACGUGCUGAAGGCAGAGAAGAAUGCGGACUGGUGGAAGUUCACGGUGAACAUCAUCUCCGUCUACAAGCAGGGCAGCAACCGCAUCCGGCGCGGCGACCAGAUCCUGUGGAUCCACUCCAAGGACAUCGCCUGCAAGUGCCCCAAAAUCAAGCCCAUGAAGAAGUAUUUGCUGCUGGGCAACAACGAGGACUCUCCCGACCAGAGCGGCAUCAUUGCAGACAAAACCAGCCUGGUGAUCCAGUGGCGGGACACGUGGGCCCGGCGGCUCCGGAAGUUCCAGCAGCGGGAGAAGAAGGGGAAGUGUAAGAAAGCCUAAAGGAGGAGGAGGAGAGGGAGAGACUGACUGUGCAUGCUGCUUUGUGUAGAGCUGGGACAGGCAGGG